GCCGCCCGCCCCGGAAGCGGCCGCGGCGCGGAGCAGCAUGGCGGCCGUACCGGGCGGGCUCUUCGCCGUCUACAAGCCGGCGGGGGUGGCGUGGGGCCGCGUCCGUGAGGCGGUGGAGACGCGGCUGCUGCGCGAGCUGAACGCGGCGCCGGGGCGCCCCCCGAGGCAGCACGUCCGAUUCCUGCCCGCCCCGGACGGGGGCGAUGGCGGGGCCACCGGGCUGGUGGCCGCCAGGGUGCCGGUGCUGGCCGACCACCCCCUCGUCCGAGGUCCGCGCUUCAGGCGGCUGAAGAUCGGAGCGGGUCACCGGCUGGACGUGAAGGCCUCAGGAGUCUUCGUACUUGGCAUAGGCCAUGGGAACAAGCUGCUCACUGACCUGUACAACUGCCACCUGACCAAGGUUUACACUGUUGGCGGGCUGUUCGGUAAAGCCACGGAUGACUUCUCAGACACAGGGAAGCUAGUAGAGAAGACGACAUUUGAUCAUAUCACAAGGGAGAAGCUGGAACGGAUUCUCGCUGUCAUUCAAGGAACAAAUCAUAAGGCCCUGCUGAUGCAUUCUAACAUCGAUAUGAAAACACAAGAGGCAUACGAGCUGGCUGUCAAAGGGUUGCUUCGUCCCAUGGGAAAAAGCCCUCCGAUAAUCACAGCAAUCCGAUGCCUCCAGUUCGUGCUUCCAGAAUUCCAGCUAGAAAUCCAUUGCUUGCAUGAGACUCAGCAGUACCUCCGAAAAAUAGUUCAUGAGAUUGGUCUGGAGCUGAAAUCCUCUGCCGUGUGCACACAAGUGCGAAGAAUACGCGACGGUGUUUUCACGCUGGACGAUGCUCUGCUGAGAACCCAGUGGAACCUGCAGAGCAUACAGAAUGCCAUUUGGGACUGUCAGCUGAAAGUGCAAACAGAGUUAGAGAAAACACUAGGCCAUCAGGAUAAAAGUCUCCGUGAUAAGAUGGACGCCGAGAUGGGCCACGCUGCAGACAGCUGAGCGUGUGCUACGGGGGGAACGUCCACGGGCGAUCUCUGUAGCACAAUAACGCAGCCACACGCUGACAGCGUGACGGACAGCAGAAGGAAAGAGGUUAAUUGCAGUUCACUUCCACCCUUUCCUUGAGAUGACUUUAAUCAGAGAGGCAUUUUUUUCACUGACAGGCUGUAUAAUUUUUUUUUUUUUUUAAAGCGUCACAAACAGUUCAUUAACAGGAGUGAGCUGUGCCAAAAUUCCUGUUGACUUCGGGAACAUUAGGUUGCUAAGGGAUAUAAAAACCCAUCCCCAAAUUGUUUAGCAGCAGGAAACAGGCAGCGUCUUACAGAGCUGUAUUCCCUUGACUGCACAGAUCUGUGUGUUCCUUGCAAGUGGCGGAAUAACUUAUCUCCUGUAUGGAUUUUAUUUUCCCUCUGUUGUCCUAGAGUAUUUUCGUUCCGUGAGUCCUGCUUUCAGAAAAGCAAGAGCUCAAAAUCAGACUAAAAGAGGGACGUGCGGGAGAAAACAGUUUACACAAAGCAAUGCAAGGGAAUGGUUAUAUCCAGGGUGUGAGGAGGAAAGUGGCUUGUGAUAGGGACUGAUGCAUAAGAUACACAAGAAAUAAAACUGAAAGUGACCUGAAGGGGAAGAGGCUGGUUCUUGGCUCAGUACUCAUCCAUGAAUAUAAAGACUCAUUAAAAAAAAAGGCAUGCAGCUUUCCCCCGCCCCGAGGAACCCAGGGCGUUCGGGGGUCUGUGGUAUCCUGCUCUGCAGCAGCUCCAUGCAGACGGCGCGUACUGCCCUUCAGUGAAGCUCUGUAAUGCCAUUUGUUCUCCGUUACCUCAUUACAGAUGGGUCUGACUUAGCAGAAACACACUUCCUAAAUUUAAAUUAAAAAUCUGAAGUUACUGUUAUUGCACUCCGUAUUUUUCCAGCUCUACACUUAGCUAGCAAGUUUGGAGAUCUAUUUAUAGAGAGCAGAGGAUUUGUUCUAUUCCUCUUCUGGAUUCGGACUAAGGCCAGCAUAUUUCAUCCUCCAGAUAGUCAUUAAAGUACAAGAAGUAACUGGGAGGAGCAGUAAGAGGGGCUGUGACGAAGUACCUCAGUGGCAGAGUCCAGUCCUGUCCUGAAGCACCCCAGGAGUCAUUAACUUAGAGCCUGGAAUCUUUCAGUUGUUCUGGGUUUCCCUGCUCUGCAGAGAGCUGCCAGAACAGCAGCGGAGCGGAGCUGCCACCACGUGGCACGUCACCGUGCCAGCCGCAGAGCCGCGGGGACUCCCCAAGGGCAGGUCGCUCUUACCUCAGCUGGUUGGUUCUGGGCGCGUUCAUCCUCCGUGGACACGGGACUGGGGUCAGGGUACCUUCCACGGACAACUGUCCUGAGCUAACUGCAGCGUAAACCCAUCACCACGGGAGCCUGAGUUCUGGAGCCGGGCAGAACCCUUGCACAGCUACAGCUGCAAGCUUUAAUACUAAUGCUCCUACCAGGAGGCAAAAACAUGGACUUCUCAGUCCUUAAAUAACUUUGGUCAUGGAGCAUACUCCAUCCUACGUGGCCUACACCUAACGCAAUCUGAACGAAUUUCUGUACGUACUUCCCAUUGCAAAAAACCACUUCCAGUUGCAUGUGCCAGACUAAAGUUUUGGUGGGAACACUCCAGGAUAAACCAGUUCUUCCACACAGAAAAUACCAGCCAAAACAGCAAAGUAGGUUUUGAGAACAAAGUUAUUAUUUCCCAGUUCUUGUCUUCUUGUUACUUUUUUCCUCCCCUUAAAACUACUCCAAAACACAGGAGUUUUUCACACUUGGGAAGAGGGGGUUUAUGGUGGAGAGGAUACACCUGUAACCACACCCGUGAGAGUCCAUUCUUACAUGGCCACGGUAAAUACCCUCCAGAGAAGCACACCUGCACGUUAGCAGAGACUUGCUUGAAUGAGUCACACAAUACAGAUACUUUGCCUUUUCCCGGGCUUUAGACCCCUGCCCACGGCUUUUGUAGUAAAACAAGGCGUUUGUUAGUGAUGCUUCUGUGCCAGGUCCAGAACCGAGAGCACAGAAAGAAACAGUUACCUCUUCUGAGCAGCAGCCUCGUGGCCUUUUUAUGGUUUCCAAGCACUACGAAGACAGAUUCAUUUGAUUCAAAUUUAGAAAUAGUGACCAGACUGCAGCAUGGGCCUGACC